UCAUCGAUGGGAGAGAAGUAAAGUUGAUGGCAAGCCUGAUCGAGCUCGGCACCUGCGUUCACAAAAGUCUCACUUGGUCGCCUAUCAUUAUCAGACUAUGAAGGCAGUCGUUCCUUUUCGCUCACUAGGUAAGCUGUUAGGUGUAGACUAUGCCAUCAUGAUGAUCAGGUGUCGUAAGUGCGGAUGUCUCAGUUUAAUGCCGUGCAUAUUGGUCACAGUAUAUAAUCUCGCAUUCUGAUUUUCGCAUCGUUCUAUAACUUGACUUACAACUCCAUCUUGCAUAUCCAUCCAACUCAUCUUCAUCCAUGGCUUUCGAAAUGCAGCAACUCCUUACUUCUGGCAGGCUCCAGAAUUCCGACUUUACUACCUUACAUUCUGCCUACGGGUCCAGCACCUCCGGCGCCGAAGUCAUGUCUUCCUUCUCUAUCGUCACUCAGGACAUUUCACCCAACACCUCCCGCCUUUCUGCAUACUCCAAUGAUUCCUCUACCCAUAAACUUAAGCGCAGGCAUGCCAAGCGCGGGCGCUUUUCCAAACGCAAGGCGGCUAUGAGUCUACUUGAAGAUGCUAGCGCAUGCGACCCCUUGACUCUGGAUGCUAUUGCUAGCCUUUCCUCAAACUGGCUCAACCUGUCCUUCCCAGACCGCACUCCUACCUACACGGACUACUUCGUGAAUUACUGGCGACAUGCAUUAGCAAAGGAGCAGGACAUUUUGAUGGAUCAUUUUACUGCUGUCAUGGCAGUCGUCCAUGAGGAUUUACCGGCUACCUCAACCACCCGCUCGACUCAGCCCACUUUCGUGCAAUGCAACGAGGAGUCCUCCAGCAUUCAAUACGAAAAUGCCCUAUUUGCAGUCACUUGUCCUUGGGACGAUGGCGAGAAAUCUCACCUAGACGACUGGAUUGAAUGGGACGAAUGGCGUCGGGAAGAUGAAGUUUAUAUCCCAACAGGCGAUCGUCAUGACUAUGGAGCUAUUGGCCAGCCACCAAUAUAUCCGCUGCGCAACAUGGGCACCCAUUUCCAGAUCGUCGCACCGAAGCCGGUUCGUGCAUGGAACAACAUAACCUGGCUGGGUCAUCCACCUGUCACUCCUGAACCAGUCUCUCGCCACUAUAUGGAGAUGGUUGUCGAUGAUGCAGCCGUCUAUGGGACUUCACAAACUCCUUUUAUGGAGAGUUCCACCAUCUAUUCCACUGCGUACCACACGCACGCCGAGUCGACUAUCAUCUAUGACUCUGGCAGCGCAUCUCCCUCCUCCUACCUGUCUGUUCUUGCUGCCUCUAUGCCUUCUACUGGCAGGCGUAUUACUCCUCCAUGUGUCAAUGAUCCCCAUCCUACCACUCAUGGAACAAAGGCAAUUUCUCUCGAAAGACAACAUUCGAGAGAUCACAAGUUGUUCCAAUUUUUACGUAUGUCUUAUGAUCAAAAGGUCCUUGAGCUUGAAAGAUUAGUUGGAUGGAUGAAAUCUCAUUCGCUACGGAUGUGACCCCAGCUUAUAUGCAUGAUAUUUGUUUGUAUAUUAAUUAUGGAUUGUAAUGAUCAAGGACAUUCGCUAUGCAUUC